CUCCUGCUUCGCGGGUGUGUGCUCGUGUACCCUGCAGCCCUCCCGCGGCUCCUCUCCUCCAGCACACCAGUUUCGGGAUGGGGGGAGGCGGACAGCGCGGCCCGUGCAGCAUUCACCCAUCCCUCUGCUCCUUAUCGCCCGUUUCGGGGGUGCAGCCGUGCAAUCCCUCUUCCCUCCGUCUCUGCCCCGUACCCGCUGGCAGGGGGCAGCCGUGCGACCCGGUGCCGCUGACCGCCCGGCCGCCUCUCCCCCCGCAGCGCACCCGGCAGUCAGGCAAGGGUAGCGCGAUGCCGGUCCUCAAGCGCUCCGCGACGGUAGCCCGCAAUAUGAGGCUGCGUCCUCGCACCGCUCUGGUGGACAUCGGCAACCGCGUCACCCAGCCGAAGACAUGGGGUGCUGCCAGGAAGCUGGCGACGAGUGGGGGCUUGGAGCGGGAGCCGGGCAGCGGGCCCGUGAGCUCCAGCCCCGAGAGAAGAGAAGAGAAGCAAGGUAGCAGGAGGAAGCGGGGAACCGCUCCCACGGAGGAGGUGCUGCCGCCAGCCCCGGAGCCGAAGCGGGGAACCGCUCCCACGGAGGAGGUGCUGCCGCCAGCCCCGGAGCCGAAGCGGGGAACCGCUCCCACGGAGGAGGUGCUGCCGCCAGCCCCGGAGCCGAAGCGGGGAACCGCUCCCACGGAGGAGGUGCUGCCGCCAGCCCCGGAGCCGAAGCGGGGAACCGCUCCCACGGAGGAGGUGCUGCCGCAAGCCCCGGAGCCGAAGCCGGAACCGCAGCCCCAACAGCUGGAGUCUCAUUCUCCAAUCCCCAUUGAAAUACCUGGAUGUGCACCAUCAGACGAUAUGCAGUGUCAGGCUUUUUCUGGUGUCUUGCUUCAUGCGGAAAAUGUAGUUGCUGAAGAUGGUGACGACCCAAACUUCUGCCGUGACUAUGCGAAGGACAUCUACAAAUAUCUGAGAGAGCUUGAGGAAAACCACACUGUCAGACCCAAAUAUCUGGCUGGGCAAGAAAUCAAUGGGAAAAUGCGUGCCAUACUAAUAGACUGGCUUGUGGAAUUACACAUGAAGUUCAGACUCCUGCACGACACCUUGUACAUGUCAGUUGCCAUCACAGAUUGCUUCCUGCAGGACAAUGCUGUUUCCAAGAAGAUGUUGCCACUGGUUGGCGUCACAGCUAUGUUAAUUGCCAGCAAAUAUGAAGAGAUAUAUCCCGUGUGUGUUGCAGACUUUGUCUAUAUAACUGAUGGCGCUUAUACAAACAGCCAAAUCUGCCAGAUGGAGAUUCAGAUCCUGCAAGCCCUGGAAUUUCAUCUGAGUCGUCCCCUAGCUUCGCACUUCCUAAGGAUGGUAUCAGAGGCUGCACAGGUAGACAAGAAACAGCAUGUUCUGGCCAGAUACCUAAUGGUGUUGUCCAUCGUGGACUAUGAUAUGGUUCAUUUCCCUCCAUCCAAGACUGCAGCAGCUGCUUGCUGUUUGUCUCUGAAACUCCUCAAUGGAUGCGAGUGGACACAAGCUCUACCAUGCCACACAUCUUAUACUGAGUGUGACCUCCUCCCAGUUAUGCAGCACAUAGCAAAGAAUGUAGUUCUUGUGAACAGGGGCAUCACCAAGGAGACGGCAAUUAAGAACAAAUAUGCUAGCCCUAAAAACACCAGGAUAAGCACCAUUGAACAGCUGAACUCACCUAUCAUCCAGAAUCUAGCCCAGUCUCUGAAGAAAAAGCGUUAGCUCCUGUGCAAAAUCAGUGCCAAAAUUGUUCUUCUAAACCUUUGUACAUUAUGUAUUAUUUGUAUGUUUUGGGAUGUCUAAUAAAGCACUUCACCUUCUA